AUGUCUUUCCUCUGGUUCCUCAGUCGGUGGCCCUCCACAGCCCUCUUCCUGCUGCUUCUUAGUGUAGUAGGCAGGCAGACGGGGCUGGAGGUGGUUCAGGCAACAGUGUGCUCCAGGUGGGAUGCAACCAGAGACAAGAGCCUCUCCCAGGAUGGAGAUGUGAUUAUCGGUGGACUUUUCAAUCUCCAUUACAAACCAUCAGCUGUAGAACAGGGCUACACCAAGCUGCCAAGUUAUGAACCUUGCACCGGUUUAGAUAUAGAGCCAUUAAAAUAUACAUAUGCUUUGGCAUUUGCGGUGGAAGAAAUAAAUCGUAACAGCACCCUGCUACCAGGAGUGAAGCUGGGCUACCGUAUACUUGACAGCUGCUCCCGAUACCCCUGGGCUCUGCAAGGUGCACUGUCAAUGGUUGGAGGGGACACACACAGCUGUGAUCAACUUGUUCCUUUGCUCAUUUGUGCGGCCUCAUCUACAACAGGCAUAAUGCUGUCUAGGAUCCUGGCCCCUCUAUCUGUGCCAGUUAUCAGCUACUUGGCUAGCUGCCCCUGUCUUAGUGACAGGACAAAGUUUCCUAACUUCUUCAGAACAAUCCCCAGUGAUAUUUACCAAGCCCGGGCCAUGGCACAACUGGCCAUACGCUUCAAAUGGACAUGGACUGGAGCAGUGAUAGAAAACAAUGAUUAUGGUCAAUUGGCGAUACAGAUAUUUCAGGAGGAGAUUGAGGGGAAAGGAGUGUGUUUGGAAUUUAUCGAGGCUGUUAACAGAGAAACUAUACUGAAUGAUGCCAGACGUGCAGCUCUCAAAAUUAAAGAUUCAACUGCAACAGUGAUUCUGAUCUUUUGCUGGUACACAGAUGUGAAGAAAUUAUUUCUGGAAUUGGCCAAGAGAAAUGUGACAGACAGACAGUUUCUGGCCAGUGAGGCUUGGAGCACCAGUGAUGAUCUUCUUCAGGAUCUUGCCAUCUCUAAAGUCGCAAGUGGUGUUCUUGGUGUGGCUAUUCGAAGUUCAACAAUACCUGGAUUUGAAAAGUAUCUCAGGAAUUUGCACCCAAGUCAUCGUCCUGAUGAUGAAUUCUUCAGAGAAUUCUGGCAAAAGGAGUUUGGAUCCUGCAGUGGGACAGAGUCCCUGGAGGGAGUGCAGCAUCCCUUCACUGACACCUCUCAGCUAAGGGUGGCAUAUAAUGUGUACCUGGCUGUUUAUGCUGCAGCCCACGCCCUCCACAGCCUUCUCUCCUGCCCCAACAGAGACAGCCCUCCUGGAAACAACAGCUCCACCUGCUCCUCUCCAAAACACAUCAAACCCAGAGAGCUGUUGCAGCACUUAAACAGAGUGAACGUCACCACACCACAAGGAGAAAUGUUUCAUUUCCAAGGUGCUGACAUUCCAGCGAAGUACGACCUUGUCAACUGGCAGAGCACCCCUGAAGGAUCACUUAAACUUGUUUUGAUCGGUCAUGUGGGCGGCUUUGACCUCCACCUUAAUGAGUCAGCUAUUCAGUGGAGCACAGGAUCAAAUCAGGUUCCUGUUUCAGUGUGCAGUGAGAGCUGCCCCCCAGGUACCAGAAAGGCCAACAGGAAAGGAGAACCUCUCUGCUGCUUUGACUGUAUCCCAUGUGCUGAAGGGGAGAUUAGCAAUAAAACUGGUUCUCUUCACUGUAAGCGUUGUCCAUCUGAGUUCUGGUCGAAUGUAGAACAAACAGCCUGUGUCCCUCGUCAGCUGGACUUUCUUGCCUUUAAUGAAACAUUGGGCAUCACUCUGACCACUGCAGCUGUGUCUGGUGCUGCAGUGACAACAGCUGUGUGUGUGGUGUUUAUUUGCUACCGUAAAACACCUAUGGUGCGAGCCAACAAUUCGGAACUGAGCUUCCUGCUUCUUCUGUCUCUGAAGCUUUGCUUCCUUUGCUCACUGGUCUUCAUCGGUCGUCCAUCAGUCUGGUCCUGUCGGUUCCAGCAGGCAGCCUUUGGGAUCAGCUUUGUACUUUGUGUUUCGUGCCUCCUGGUCAAAACCCUCGUAGUUCUUGCUGUUUUCCGCUCAGCUCGGCCUGGUGCUGAAACUUUGAUGAAGUGGUUUGGUCCGGGCCAACAGAGAGGAAGUGUCGGCCUCUUUACUUCUGUACAGGUUAUCAUCUGUGCCAUAUGGCUGUCCCUCAGCCCUCCAGUGCCUCAACCUGAUCUGGGUUUCCAAGGGUCAAAGGUCACCCUGGAGUGUUCCAUGGCCUCUGUGGUGGGCUUCUCUCUGGUUCUGGGCUACAUCGGCCUGCUGGCCUGCACCUGCCUCCUCUUGGCCUUUCUGGCUCGGAAACUUCCUGACAACUUCAAUGAGGCCAAACUGAUCACCUUCAGCAUGCUGAUAUUCUGUGCUGUCUGGGUGGCCUUUGUCCCUGCUUACGUUAGCUCUCCUGGCAAGUAUGUUGUUGCUGUGGAAAUUUUUGCAAUUCUGGCUUCCAGCUAUGGUUUACUGAUCUGUAUUUUUGCCCCCAAAUGUUUCAUCAUCCUUUUGAGGCCUGAGAAAAACACUAAGAAGCACCUGAUGGCCAGAUAAAUAAUUCUUGCCCAAUGUAAGGAUAAUGAUCAUCAUUAUCACGAGCAUAUUUAUCUGGUGGUCCCAACUUGGCUGGCUGGUGGACUGUAUAUAUGUUAAUCAGUGUGUGAAAUAUGAAUUAUUUUCUUCUAAAUUCUGUUAAACAUGUAAUUAUUGUUAUAAUUAUUAUCAUAAUUUCAGUGAAAUACUAAAAAUUGUAAUUAAUUUUAUUUUAAUGUGGUUGGAUGUUCCUUUUUCUGUAUUCUGAUUUAAUAGUUAAUUUACACAAAGGGGGUGCUGUAGUCUGUUUCAAACAAUGUAUUUAAAAAAAAUUAUAAUCCAGUUAUUUGAUGUUAUUUCAUGUUAUAUUUCUAGUGAAAUCAGUAACAUGUACUUUGACAUAGAUUGGAUUAAAUAUUUUCCAAAUAACACAACCAGAUCCACUAUAGGAUGUUCAGAUGACUCAACCUGAGUUUUUUUCAAUACACCACGGAUGCAUUUGUUCUCUUUUGAACUCUCUAAAGAGGGUAAUAUCUGAGAGGUUGCUAAGCCAGCCAUGGUAAUUCAGUCAUAGACACGUUAUGCUGAU